CUCUGCUUUUCAGCCUUGAUUCCUGCAAGUGAAUCUCUCUCUCUAUCUUCAAAAAAAGAAAAAAAAAUGAAAAGAGUAAAAGACAACAAGCCCUCUCUCCACCUCUGUUUCUCCGUUCGUAGUUGUGGGCCACCUGCCUCAUUAUUUCCUCGCGGCAGCUAUAAAAGGAUGCUUCCUUCGUUAAUCCCAAAGCUCUUCAUGUCCUCUAUAAAACCAUCGCCACCUUCGCGCUCUCCUCACUCGUAAAAAUAAAUUAAACCACACGCGCUCAUAUCUUUCUUCUCUCUGCUUCCAUUUUCCAUAACCAUGCCUCCCAUUAAAAUCAAGCAAUCGCCCAAUCCAACGGCUCAAACUCUUACCUCCACGCCGUCGUCACAGGAGGCUCGUCUCCUUGUUCGUGAAACGCUGCGUAUUAGCGCCAACUUGGCUUCUGCUCCCGCUUCUCCUUCUCCUGCAAUGUCUCAGCCUCCUCCUAGUUCUACUUCUUAUUCGUUUGUUUCUCCGGCGCAAUCUGUUUCUUUAUUGGAUAAUACUAGGCGAUUAGGGCUUGUGGAAGAUGAAUUUAUUGAUUCUAGCUUGAGAUUGAUCUGUUGCGAGGAAAUUGAUGGCCGGAGAUGGAAGUACGUGGCGGAAAACGACAGUUUUGGAGGUUAUAAGAAGAAUUCAAUUCGCGCCGUCAGCUUGCAUACGCCACAAACUCCUGUUGAGGAAAUGAUGUCUUUUAUAAGAACCUAUGUCGUGCCAGAAGGUUUUCCCCAUAGUGUGACUCCAUCAUAUGUUCCAUACAUGACUUGGAGAGCUUUGAAGCAUUUCUUUGGUGGAGCAAUGGGUGUUUUCACCACAAAAGCCCUUUUGAGUUCUGUUGGAGCCUCUGAAAGCAAAGCUAUUUCUGGUGCUGUCGCUAUCAAUUGGAUUCUCAAGGAUGGUGCUGGUCGUGUUGGGAAAAUGCUUUUUGCACGUCAAGGAAAGAAAUUUGAUUAUGAUCUAAAGCAGAUGCGGUUUGCAGGUGAUCUUCUCAUGGAAUUGGGUGCUGGGGUGGAGUUAGCAACUGCAGCUGUCCCACACCUUUUUCUUCCUUUGGCUUGUGCUGCUAACGUGGCAAAGAAUGUUGCAGCUGUAACAUCUACAUCAACUCGGACACCAAUUUACAAAGCCUUUGCUAAAGGAGAAAACAUUGGGGAUGUCACUGCUAAGGGAGAAUGUGUUGGCAAUCUUGCAGAUUUGCUUGGAACUGGCCUUAGCAUAAUGAUUACGAAAAGAAACCCUAGCAUGGUUGCUUCAUUUGCUCUCCUUUCAUGUGCCUAUGUCUUCAGCUCUUUCCAAGAGGUUAAAUCUGUAGUGUUGCACACCUUAAACAGGGCCAGAUUCAGUGUGGCAGUGGAUUCUUUUCUUAAGACAGGGCGGGUGCCCUCAUUGCAAGAGGGGAAUAUGAAGGAAAAUAUAUUCAGCUUUCCAUGGCUGAAGGAGAGGCUUGUUCUAGGACCAAGAUUUAAAGAUGCCUUUCAAGACCCUAGUGCAUAUCUUGCAAUAGAGCCUCUGUUUGAGAAAGAGAGAUAUAUAGUGACAUACAAUCCAUCAAAAGAUCAGGUUUAUGCAUUGCUCAAGGAUCAGGCAAAGCCAGACGACAUUCUAAAAGCUGCAUUCCACGCUCAUGUGCUUUUGCAUUUCAUACAUUUGUCAAUUGAUAGUCAUUCUUCAUCAUGGAAGCAACGACCAGUUGGCCAUUCAAACCAUAUUCUUUCAGCUAAUGAUCUUGAGGCUCGUAUUGCUGACUCAUGCAAAAUGGUCUCAACUUUAUAUGGCCCUUUUAAAAGUAAAGCUGCAGAACAGGGUUGGAGGAUGUCAGACUCGCUUCUUAAUCCUGGCCGAGCCAGGAUUGUAGAAACUUGUUAAAGCGGAAAUAUACUCUUGAGACUUCUCUUUGCUCAUAGUCAAGAUUUUGACUUGUCAAGUUCCCAGGCGGCAUUCAAUUCUGUAGACAUGUCAACUAUCAAUUGUCAAAAACAUACAAGGAACAAAGAGGCUAAUAAUACACCAAUAGCACCAUCGGAAACAAGGGCUCUUGAUGGUGAGUUCUCUCUGUUAUGCACACCCAAAUACAUUGAGCUGUUCACACUCUCUUGCUUAUUCACAUACACCCGAAGGCCGCAACAGUGGCAGAGCUAGACCUCCAGCUUUGGAGGGGCCAAACUAAACCUCCUUAAUGGUUAUGAAUGGUGGCAGAUUUUAGAAGUUUACAUAAAAUAAAUUGAUUUGUAAUUUAUGCCAAGUAAAAAAUGCUUCAAACUUUUAAUUGUUUUAUUUAUAAACUUCAACUUUCUAACUUUCUUUGUUAAUAAUCUUUUAGUUUUUUAAAAUUUUUAAAAUUUUGUUUAUCAAACAACAAACAAUUUCAAAAGGGAUUUAUAAAAAGUUUUAUGAUAAAGUUACCACUAAACUGAUAGAAGGUUAAAUGUACUAAUUUGAAGAUUUAUCUGAGGCCUUGUGGCCAAUCUAUAAUCUUAGAUUAUAUUCUACGUUUUUAAUUAGAAAUGAAUUAUAAAAAUAAAAUAAAAAGAAAACCAUUUUUGGCAGCGGAAGGAGGGGUUUGGGAUGGGAUGGCUUCCUCAAGCCAACCUUGUGCUCUGCCAUUAGGUGGUGGGUAAGAUGCAGUUUCUAUUUGUAGGAGGAAUUUUUCUAAAAUAGUAGAGCUUGAACUUUGCAUUAUUGUAAUGCUAACUGUUAAUAAUUUUUUAUUUCCUGGUUGUCAUUCUCUUCGUUUUUUAUGAUGUCCCUUUUAUCCUUUGUAUCUAUUUGGUAUCCAACUUAUUUCAAUGUUCAUUUUGUGUAGAAAAUAUUGAAAUGCCUUUCAAUAGCAACGAAUCCUUCAUUUGUCCA